UCCGCAUCCCAGCCCGCAGACUCCCCGGGCGCCGGCGGCCCCGCCACGCCCCUCGGGCACCCGCCCCCCUCCGAGGUGAGAGCGCGUCGGGCCGAUGCGGUGAUCUCUGCCCGCCAGGGAGCAGCGCGUGGACUGGCGGGCGGCGGCGAGCGGGCGGCGAGCGCCGUUACAAUGGCCCUGACCCUGUUCGAUACAGAUGAAUAUAGACCUCCUGUUUGGAAAUCUUACUUGUAUCAGCUGCAGCAGGAAGCCCCUCAUCCUCGAAGGAUUACCUGUACUUGCGAGGUAGAAAACAGACCAAAGUAUUAUGGAAGAGAGUUUCACGGCAUGAUCUCCAGAGAAGCCGCCGACCAGCUCUUGAGUGUGGCUGAGGGGAGCUACCUCAUCCGGGAGAGCCAGCGCCAGCCUGGGACCUACACUUUGGCUUUAAGAUUUGGAAGUCAAACCAGAAACUUCAGGCUCUACUACGAUGGAAAGCACUUUGUUGGGGAGAAACGCUUUGAGUCCAUCCACGAUCUGGUGACUGAUGGCUUGAUUACUCUCUAUAUUGAAACCAAGGCAGCAGAAUACAUUGCCAAGAUGACGAUAAACCCAAUUUAUGAGCACAUAGGAUACACAACCUUAAACAGAGAGCCAGCAUACAAAAAACAUAUGCCAGUCCUGAAAGAGACACAUGAUGAGAGAGAUCCUACAGGCCAGGAUGGGGUAUCAGAGAAAAGGUUGACAUCACUUGUUAGAAGAGCAACUCUGAAAGAAAACGAGCAAAUUCCAAAAUAUGAAAAGGUUCACAAUUUCAAGGUCCAUACAUUCAGAGGGCCACACUGGUGUGAGUACUGUGCCAACUUCAUGUGGGGUCUCAUUGCUCAGGGAGUGAAGUGUGCAGACUGUGGUUUGAAUGUUCAUAAGCAGUGCUCCAAGAUGGUUCCAAAUGACUGUAAGCCAGACCUGAAGCAUGUCAAGAAGGUGUACAGCUGCGACCUCACGACGCUGGUGAAGGCGCACACCACGAAGCGGCCCAUGGUGGUGGACAUGUGCGUCAGGGAGAUCGAGUCUAGAGGUCUUAAUUCUGAAGGACUAUACCGAGUGUCAGGAUUUAGUGACCUAAUUGAAGAUGUCAAGAUGGCUUUUGACAGAGAUGGUGAGAAAGCAGAUAUUUCUGUGAACAUGUAUGAAGAUAUCAACAUUAUCACUGGUGCGCUUAAACUGUACUUCAGGGAUUUGCCGAUUCCACUCAUCACAUACGAUGCCUACCCUAAGUUUAUAGAAUCUGCCAAAAUUAUGGAUCCUGAUGAGCAAUUGGAAACCCUUCAUGAAGCACUGAAACUCCUGCCGCCUGCUCACUGCGAAACUCUCCGGUACCUCAUGGCCCAUCUAAAGAGAGUGACCCUCCACGAAAAGGAGAAUCUUAUGAAUGCAGAGAAUCUCGGAAUCGUCUUUGGCCCAACCCUCAUGAGAUCCCCGGAACUAGACGCCAUGGCCGCAUUGAAUGAUAUACGAUAUCAGAGACUGGUGGUGGAGCUGCUUAUCAAAAACGAAGACAUUUUAUUUUAAAUUUUUAAUUUGAGGGGACAAGAAAUGUUUUACAGAUGAAGGAAUGUUUUAUAGUAAUUUAAUUGGCUCCUAUAGCUGAAUUAUUUCUUGAUUAGAGGUUUGGGCAUAUAACCAGAUUAAAAUGAAGGAACUUUCUGUUGUUUUUGUAGCGCCGCUCAGCUGUCCUUGUAAAACAGUGAACACACGCUUUCCGGUUCUAGUAAUCCUGGGUGUUUAUCAUGUUAAGAGAAACUCAAGCUAUUGCAUGAUUAGCCCCCUACUUGGCAAGGAAACCCCAUACAAAAGAAACAGCGAACCUGCACCUGCACCUGCACCGCCUCCGCGUCCCGGGUAGUCUGUGGUUGUAAUCCAGCAUGUUUCACAGAAUAAGCCUGUCGUGACUUUGCUUUUGGGGUCUAUGUCAUUGGUUUCUGAUGCUUGUACAAACCUGCACACAUGAAUGAUAGAACAGCACCCCUGGCUGUUGCAUUGCCAUAAACUAUAUCAUAUGCCUAAUUUUUGCAAAUGGUUUACUUCUGGUUUCUUAGUUCUUCUCUAACAUAGUACUUUCUUCCCAGCAAAGGCAAACUGUGUUUUCUGAUUUGUUACUUUAAUAAGUUAUCCGUACCAAUAAAAAUGUACAACAGAGCAUUUUCUGUUAAAUUAUUAUUGGUUUUCAGUUGUAAUUUUGUAUUUUUAUCUGGCAUGCAUUAAUUUAUUAAAUUUGGCUUUUAGAAAU